CGCCCGCCCCCUUCCCGGGGCAGACCCCUAGCGCGCCUGCGCAGAGGGCCACCCUUCGCUUCCCCCUUCCCCUCCCAUCUCCCUCCCUCCCUUCUCCCUAGCCCCCUCCCCCACUGCCCCCUCCCCCAAUUCUCCAUCCCCUUCCCUCCUGGUCUCGGAGGACCCCGUCCUAGCCCGACCUGUUUCGGCCUGCAGCCCACGCGAAGCCAUCGGUGCCACUUCCCGCUCAUGUGGGCCCCUGCGGGCUGCCCACGCCAGUCCCCCAGCUCCCGGUUCCGCUGGGCUUUCCCUUCGCUGGGGGUGGCUUUCUGAGUCACCCACUCCGUGCCCAUCUCUGCAGCCUCUCCUGCCGCUCGGGGCCCCCGUUCCCCCUCCCGGCGGCGGGGGGCUGCCCCCGGGGGGCUGGCGGAGCUGGGCCGCGGGGGCCCCGGGGCCGGCGGUGCCGGGGUCAUCGGGAUGAUGCGGACGCAGUGUCUGCUGGGGCUGCGCACGUUCGUGGCCUUCGCCGCCAAGCUCUGGAGCUUCUUUAUUUACCUUUUGCGGAGGCAGAUCCGCACGGUAAUUCAGUAUCAAACUGUUCGAUAUGAUAUCCUUCCCUUAUCUCCUUUAUCCCGGAAUCGACUAGCCCAGGUGAAGAAGAAGAUCCUCGUGCUGGAUCUGGAUGAAACACUUAUUCACUCUCACCAUGACGGGGUCCUGCGGCCCACAGUGAGGCCUGGAACACCUCCCGAUUUCAUCCUCAAGGUGGUAAUAGACAAACAUCCUGUCCGGUUUUUUGUACAUAAGAGGCCACAUGUGGAUUUCUUCUUAGAAGUGGUAAGCCAGUGGUAUGAGCUUGUGGUGUUUACAGCAAGCAUGGAAAUUUACGGCUCUGCUGUGGCAGAUAAACUGGACAAUAGCAGAAGCAUUCUUAAGAGGAGAUACUAUAGACAGCACUGCACUUUGGAGUUGGGCAGCUACAUCAAAGACCUCUCUGUGGUCCACAGUGACCUCUCCAGCAUUGUGAUCCUGGAUAACUCCCCCGGGGCUUAUAGGAGCCACCCAGACAAUGCCAUCCCUAUCAAAUCCUGGUUCAGUGACCCCAGUGACACAGCCCUUCUCAACCUUCUUCCAAUGCUGGAUGCCCUCAGGUUCACUGCUGACGUCCGAUCUGUGCUGAGCCGAAACCUUCACCAACAUAGGCUGUGGUGACAGCUGCUCCCCCUCCACCUGAGUUGGGGUGGGGGGGAAGGGAGGGCGAACUCUUGGGAUGCCGUCUGUUGCCCUGUCCAAUGUGAGGACUGCCUGGGCAGGGUCUGCCCCUCCCAUCCCUCUCUGCCCGCGGAUAUGGAGUCUGGAUGGACACAUGGGCUAGACUGUGAAGCAGCCUCACUCGUGUUCACGCUCCACGGAAAUGCCGGGCAGGGCAGGUGAAAGCCCUGGAGAGCUGAAACUGCCUGGUGGGGAAGCAGGACUGGUCUGAGUGACAGACAUGGUGAUCCCAGAGGCUCAAAAGAAGCCAAGUCAACUUUGUUGUGAUUUGAUUUUUUAAAAACUCUUGUACAAAACCGA